AUGCCCAGGAAUAAUGAAGAUAUAGAUUGUGAAUUAAAUUUAAUAGAGAAAAAAAUUAAUAUAUACCAUGUAGAUUAUGUUACUUUUGAAGAAUGCCUAAGAACUAAUAGUUCUAAAGGGUUCGAUUAUAAUUUUGAUAAUUUUGUUCAUUUAGUAUGUAAAAUAAAAAAUGUUAGGAAACAUGGGAAGGCAUUAUUUUUUUGUGACACUAUUUCACAAGACCUGAAUAAAGAAAAAGAGAAUAAAUUUUUUUAUGGAAAUCAAAUUUUAAAAAGUGAUGAUAAUAUAUAUUUACUUAGAAAUAUAUUUGAUGAAAAUAUAGCAAAUGUAGAACAUAACAUUCAAUUGGUAAUUAGUAAAAACUUUUAUAUUAAUGAGGAUAUAUUUAAAUUAUAUGAAGAAUAUUUAUUAAAAAAUGAAAAGUCAAAAGUGUAUGAUAAGAAUAAUCCAUAUGAUAAUAAAAUGUAUUUUAAUAUUAGUAAGGAAACUAUUUCUUAUUCUAUUAACAUGUAUAAAAGAUUUCAUAAUUAUUUAAAUCAAGAUGAAAAUCAUCUAUUACAAGAAGAAGAAAAGAAAAAGAAAAUAUGUCUAGAUAGUGAGCAGAUACCUAUGAUAUUAAUUAAUGAAUAUGUGCAAUAUGAAAUUUUGAAUAAAAUAAUUAAACCUGAUUCGUUGGUUUAUAUUAUUGGAUUGCCAGUAUUGACUAAUACGAAUGAAAAAUCGUUAAUAGUUUUUUCUUCUUAUUUGUUAAGGGUAAAUUAUGAAUACUUUAAUAUCAAUGAAGUGUUCAAAUUGUUUGAGCAAAAAUAUUUUUCGAUGGGAACCUUAUGUAGAAGUUUACGCGUAAAUGAACAUUAUAUUCAUCGUAUUUAUAACAACGAAAUUGAGAAGAAAAAAAGAUUUUUAUUAAAUAUUGUUUAUAGGAAUAAAGAUUAUGAAAGUAUAUCAAACCAGAAAAUGAAUAAUUUUGAAAUAUUCAUCAUAAAAAUUAUUGAUAUAAUACCCAAAUGUUUUAAAAUAUAUGCUAGUGAUUUUACGCUACAUAGGAAGAAAGAAGAAAAGAAUGUACUUUUUAAUAAUUUAAAUAUGAAAUGUAUAUUUAAUCAAGAUUUGUGCAUAGAAAAUUAUGCAAACCAUGACGUUAUUGAAUGGAAAGAAGAAGAGGAAGACGAUAAUGAAAGGGAUUAUAAAAGUGAUGAUAAAAGUAAUGAUAAAAGUGAUGUUGUAGUGAAAAACAUAAAUAAUACAGAACAAAAUAAAGGAGGAAAAAAUAUGAAGAAGAAGCAGAAUAAGAAAAAAAAGAAAAAAAAAGAUAUGUUGUCUUAUAUGAAUAAUAAGAAGGUUCCACAGAUAAAUUGGAUGCUGAAUCAUAUACACAAUAUGUUUAAUGAAAUAAAGAAUAUAGAUACAAAUGAUGAUAAAGAAAAAUAUAAAUUUAACUGUGAAUAUAUUAUAUCAUCUAUUAAUAUUCUGAUAAACAAAUAUAUUGAGUGUAAUACUACACUUUAUGAGAAUUAUCUGGAAUUUUUGGAUUUGUUUAUAGAACAAAAUGCAGGUUAUGUUAGUAAGGUAAAUAGAGAAAAGGUUAAAAUUUAUAUUGAGAAGUAUAAGAAGAAGAGAACAAAUUCUUUUGAGAAUUCUUACUGGAAAGAUGUUGAAUUUUAUAAUAUCAAUGAUUUAUAUUUCAAUGAUUCUAAGUAUGUAGAGUUGGAAGAAAAUAAGAAUGUAAUAUAUAUAAAUGGUAAGGAAAAGAAUGAAGAUACCAAUAGUACUAAUUAUUAUGAUAAGUAUAAUAAUAAUAAUUUAGAUGAGAAAAAAGAUGAUUAUAUUUCUUAUAAUAAUAUUAUUGAAGAUACCUUUAAUAAUAAUGAUAAUAUAUCAUCAAAGGAUAUAAUAUAUAAUGACCACAAUAUAUUGAACCAUAUAAACAAUACAACAGCACCAAAAAAAAAGAUUACUACUACAAUUAAUAAUAAUAGUAAUGAUAAUUGUAAUAGUAACAAUAUGAAUAGUUCUAAUGUAACAUAUGAUUAUUGUAUUUUAGACGUUGGAGGAGGCAAAGGUGAUUUAGGUAUAUACAUUUCUUUAGCUUUUCCAAAUGUAUUAGUAAUAAUAUUAGAUAUUAAUAUAAAUUCCUUAUUUAGUUGUUUUGUGAAAUUAUAUUGUAAUAAAAUUAAAAACGUAUUAAUAAUAAAUGAAUCCAUAUUAAAUUUCGAUUUUAAAAAAUAUAAAAUUAAUAUGGUAGUAGGAUUGCACUGUUGUGGAGGCUUAACUGAUUAUACGAUAAAAAAGUGUAUGGAUGAAAGAAUACCUUUUUUAAUAUGUUCAUGUUGCUAUACAAAAUAUAAAGACUUAAGAAAACAUAUAUUUGAUUUUAAAAAUGAUAUAAUAAUAAAUGAAAUGAAUAAUUAUAUAUAUAAUAAGGAUAAUUAUCAUUAUAUGAAUUAUAUUAGUAGUAGUAUUUGUACGGAAAGUAAUAUAUGUAAUAUGAAUAAGUCUAAUGACAAAACAUGUCAAAAUGAAAAUCUUAAUAAUAUGGUUAAUUUAAAAAAGAUUGAUUGUUUAUAUGAACAAGAAUAUGAUGGUAAUGAUAAUUUAAUACAAAAUGGACAUGCUAUAAAAAAUUAUGAUAAUAAUAAAUCACAUGAAAAUGAUAAAAAUGAUAUAAUAUCUAUUUAUUGUGAUAAAGAUGAAUAUAAUAUUAAUAGUGAACAUAUAAAAAAUAAUUGUGGAGUUAUAAGUAAUGAAACCAAAAAAUAUGAUAAAUAUGAAAAAAAAAUUUUAAGAAGAACUAUACCGAAUAUAUAUUCCUUUAUGAAUUUAUUAUCUAAAUUGUGUGAGAGUGAAAAUGUAGCUAUAUCCUAUAAAUGUAUGCACUUUUAUAAUAAUUUAAGAUUCAAAAUUUUACAAGCAUUGUUUAAUAAAUCAAAAAAAGGUGAUGAAAAUGAUAAAACUGUUAAUGUAUUUGCAAAAGAGGGUAUAAACUUAUCUUUGCAUUCAUUUCCAGUUUCAUAUUCUCCAAAAAAUAUUGUACUUAAAGGAUAUUUUAUGUGA